AGAAGCAACACAGCAUUCUUUUCAAUAAUAAUUAUGUUUUGGAGGCUGGGGGGGUUUGGAUUUGCAAGUGCAUCGGUGAUUGAUAGUUUAUUGGAGAAAGCUCCAGAUGUAACGUUGGAGGAGAUAUUAGAUGAAGAAGAAUUAUUGCAGGAAUGCAAAUCACAUAAUCCUAAGUUGAUCGAAUAUUUAAGGGAGCCAGAUGUAUUGCGUAAACUUCUUAAAUAUAUAAUUACGGAAGAUUUGGAUGAAAAAGUGAAACAAAAAUACCCGUAUAUUGCGUGUGAAGUAUUAUCAUGUGAAAUAUGGUCAAUAUGUGAAACUAUUAUGGAAAAUAAAAUGCUAUUGUUUGAAUUUUGGGAAUUUUUAGAACGCCCAGGACCUUUGGAUCCAUUACAAGCAUCAUAUUUUUCUAAAGUGAAUGAACAAUUUUUUGAAAAAAAGACAGAAGAAAUGAUACUUUUUAUUCAAAGUAUUCCAAAUAUUGUUUUUAAAAUAUUAAAUCAUAUCGAAACAAGUGCUAUUACUGAUUUAUUGUUGAAAAUUAUCAGUAUUGAACAAAAUGAUCUUGGAGUAAUUAAUUGGCUUCAAAACGAGUCAUUGAUUCCAUAUCUUCUUUCAAAAAUGAAUCCUCAUGUUGAUCCAAGUACACAAACCGCUGCAGCUGAUCUCUUAAAAGAGAUUAUUGCGAUUUCUUCAAGUUCCGAAAAUCAAAGAAGCAUUGGAUCGAAUGCAUUAUUACGGGAACUUGUAUCAAAAGAAAGCAUAGAAAUUCUUGUUAAAUUUAUGUUUGAUACAGAAGCACCAUUUUCUUCAUCAAGCCUUAUUAAUAGUACAAGUGUCAUUAUUGAGCUUAUUAGAAAAAAUAAUAGCGAUUAUAACAGAGUAUCAUUUUUUGACAUUUCUUUUGCAAAAAAUACGUCAGGGGAAAAAGGUCCUAUUUAUCUUGGUAAUAUGUUAAAAAUAUUAGCAUCUCAUAUACCCGAUUUUCAAAAGAUUCUUCUUGAUCCUAGAAUGCCUAAAGAUGAAAUUGAAAUUGCAUAUGAUAAAAUUAAACCCUUAGGUAUUGAGAGACUUCGUAUUUGUGAGCUUUAUGCGGAAUUACUGCAUUGUAGUAAUAUAAUAUUAUUAAAUAAACCUGAAAAUGGUCCGAAGAUUAUGAAAAAAGACGAAUUAUGCGAUAAAACAGAAGAAAACCUGCAAAAUACAAAAAUAGCAGGGGGUUCAGACAUUUCUGAGAACUUAGAAACAUAUGAAGUCUUUAAUACUGAACAGGUAUUUUCAUGGGAAAAUCUUUCAUUUAAAUAUAUAGAUUCAAAUGAGGUUCUUGAAAAUAAAGAGCAUCUUUUAGAUAAAAAUAGCAGUAUAGAAGAUAUAUUUUUAGAAAAAAUCACUAAAAUAAAAUCACCUAUACCGGAGAAUGAUUUUGAUAAUUAUUCUAGUGAAUUAAAUUCAAAGGAAUCUGAAACAAAUAACACUUUAGUAAACCAUUUAAAUAAUAAUAAUAAUAAUGAUCUAAGAAAGGAAGAUGUGGAAUCAGAUGAAAAUUUGGGUCAUUUCGAAAAUAGUUAUGAUGCUUUAAAUAUACCAUUGCAGAAUAAUUUAUCAGAUGAAAAAUAUUGUGCCGAUAUAAACGAGAUUACUGUGGUACAUGAUAAUACAGAUACUAUUUUUGAGCUAGAUGUUAGUGAUUAUUUGAAGAUACAGUUUAUUGAACAUAAAGUCCUUUCUACAUUAUUGGAUAUGUUCUUCAUAUUUCCAUGGAAUAAUUUUCUACAUAUUGUUGUAUACGACAUUAUUCAACAAGUUUUUAAUGGUCCUAUGGAUGAAAAAUAUUGCAGCGCUUUAGCAAUAGAUUUAUUUUCUCAAGGAAAAAUUUGUGAAAAAAUUAUUCAAGGUCAAAGAGAUAAUGAUAAUGCAGUUUCUAAACCAUGUGGUGUUCGAUUAGGAUAUAUGGGCCAUUUGACUUUAAUCGCUGAAGAAGUUAUCAAAUUUACAAAACGAUAUUCUCAUACAAUAUCUUCUAUUAUUGCUGAAAAAGUUUUAUCAACUCAAUGGAUUGAUUAUGUCGAGGAUAGUUUGGCUAAAACAAGAGAAAAAGAUAAUGCUAUUCUAGGGGGGAUUCGGCCUCAUCAUUUAUCUCUUCAUUCUGUCACUGAUUUCGAUGAUCAUGGUUUACAGGAUUUUAUCUCAGAUGUCACCGAUAUCGAUUAUGAUGACGAUGACGAUGAUGACGAUGAUUUAAAUAGAAGAAUAAAUUUAUUUGGAAUACAAGAUAUUAAUGAUAAACAUUCUAUAACUGAUAUGGAUGACGAUAGGGAUUUAAAACACGACCAAUUUUCGAGAUAUAUUAAUCAGCAAUCCAUAGAUAAAUUUUCGAAUAAUUAUGGAAGACCUGAUAAUGAUAAGGAAGAUAUUUCUUGGAUAGAAGAAAAUGAGGCUUUCAAAAACAAUCAAAUUACAAGUGAUUUAAAUCCUUCUCAAUGUCAAGAAAUAACGGACGAGGAAUUUGUUAACAAACCUUUAAAUGAUAUAUUUGAACAAAAAAUAUAUAAUGAAUAUCAAGAAAAUUAUAUUGAUAAAAAUACAAUUGUUGAUAGUUUUUUAAUACUUGGUGAAAAACAAGAAAAAAUAGAUAAUAAUUAUGGUAAUUUUAACAAUAAAUCAGAUUUAAAUUCAGAUAACCAUAUACAAGAUUUAGAUUAUAGAUUACUUGAUUCAAUAACAAUCUCGGAACAAGAAAUACAAGAUAAAUAUUAUAACACUACUGAAAAAAUAUCUAAACUUUAA